AUGUCUUUAGCACCUUUACAAACUGUUAAUGAAAAACAGUUAAAUUCAAGGGCAAUUCAUACACCUAUUAAGAAAAAUAAUUUAAUAUCAGAAAAUAAAGAAAAUUUUCAUAAUAGCAACAAUAAAAGACUUGAAAAUGGUUUCAAUCAAAAACAACCUCCACAAAAGAAGAAAAAAGAAAAAUUAUCUUCUUUAUGUAAGACACCUCCAUCUUUAAUUAAGACUAGGGGUAAAAAUUAUCAUAGAGGUCAUUCAUUAGGUGAAGGUGGGUUUGCUCGUUGUUUCCAAAUGAAAGAUGAUGCUGGUAAAAUAUAUGCUGCAAAGACUGUAGCCAAAAUUUCAAUUAAAUCAGAAAAGACAAGAAAAAAAUUAUUAUCUGAAAUACAAAUUCAUAAAAGUAUGAAACAUACAAAUAUUGUUCAAUUUAUUGAUUGUUUUGAAGAUGACGUUAAUGUUUAUAUUUUACUUGAAAUUUGUCCUAAUGGUUCAUUAAUGGAUCUUUUAAAGAAAAGAAAAUUAUUAACUGAACCUGAAGUUAGAUUCUUUACUACACAAAUAUGUGGUGCAAUUAAAUAUAUGCAUUCAAGAAGAGUAAUUCAUAGAGAUCUUAAAUUAGGUAAUAUUUUCUUUGAUAAAGAUUUUAAUGUAAAAGUUGGUGAUUUUGGUUUAGCUGCAACUUUAGGUAAUGAUAGAGAACGUAAAUAUACAAUUUGUGGUACACCAAAUUAUAUUGCUCCAGAAGUUUUAAUGGGUAAACAUUCAGGUCAUUCUUACGAAGUUGAUAUCUGGUCUGUUGGUGUUAUGAUAUAUGCUUUAUUAAUUGGUAAACCACCUUUCCAAUCGAAGGAUGUUAAUACAAUCUAUGAAAGAAUUAAAUGUCGUGAUUUUAGUUUUCCUGCUGAAAAACCAAUCUCUUCAGAAGCUAAAUUAUUAAUACAAGAUAUUUUAUCAGUAGAUCCUUUAGAAAGACCAUCUAUUAAAGAAAUAAUGGAUUAUUUAUGGUUUAGAGGUUGUUUCCCUCCUUUCACAAGAGAUGAUGUUAUGACAACAAUACCAUGUUAUGAAGAUGAAAUUGGUGAAAAUGCAUCUAUUGUUAAUUUUAGAUAUUGUAUGGACACUGUAGGUUUAUUAGAUUACACAUCAUAUAAUCAAAAGAAACAAUCGAUACCAUUAAUUAAUAACGGUAAUAACAAUAAUAAUAAUGCCAUCGAAGAAGAAAUGAAUAAAUAUCAUUCGAUAACAACUGUUCUUCCACAAUCGUUAUCACCAGGUGGUACUAGAAAUAAAUACAAAGAAGUUAUAGAUAUUGAAUCACAAAGAAAAUUUAAUGAAUUGGCAAGACAAUCCAGACUUCGUAGAGCACAACAAGAAUCAAUUAAGAAAAAUUUAGUACCGACUUCAACAAAUACUAUUAAAUCAGAAAUUUCAUUAAGAAUCUUAGCAAGUGAAUGUCAUUUAACAUUAAAUGGUAUAUUAGAAGCAGAAGCCCAAAAGAAAAUGGGUGGUUUAGCACAAUCAAGAUUACCAAAAGUGAAGCAUCCUAUGAUUGUUACUAAAUGGGUUGAUUACUCCAAUAAACAUGGGUUCUCGUAUCAAUUAUCAACAGAAGAUAUUGGUGUUCUGUUUAAUAAUGGUUGCACAGUACUAAGAUUAGCAGAUGCCGAAGAAUUCUGGUAUAUUAGUUAUGAUAAUAAAGAAGGUUGGAUUGCAAGUCAUUACCUACUAAAUGAAAGACCAAAAGAAUUGAAUAGAUAUCUCGAAGUGGUUGAUUUUUUCGCAACAUAUAUGAGAGCAAAUUUAAGUCGUGUCUCUACAUUUGGUCGUGAAGAAUAUCAUAAGGAUGAUGUCUUCUUAAGAAGAUAUACAAGAUUUAAACCAUUCGUUAUGUUUGAAUUGAGUGAUGGUACAUUCCAAUUCAACUUCAAAGAUCAUCAUAAAUUGGCUGUCUCAGAAGGUGGUAAAUUGGUAACAUAUAUUUCACCAUCACAUGAAAGUUUUACAUACCCAUUAGUUGAAGUCUUAAAGACUGGAAAUAUUCCAAAUUAUCCAGAAUGUAAGUUUAUGGAGAAAUUAACAAUGAUCAAGGAAGGUCUAAAACAAAAAUCAGCCAUCGUAAGAGUCGAACAAACAGAAGUAUAA